AUGGAUUCUAAAGAAACCAACGAACAUCAGCAGCUACAACCACCGCAUGGGACGGUAACGGGUUCCUACAACCGCAACGCCGCCGCGUUAACCGGUCCCUCCUCCACUUCUCAGGCCAUGCAACACCGUUUAUCUGUCGGGGCUCUCUCGCUGCGCCAGCCUCAACAACCGCUCGGGAUCGAGGGAUCGCCUUCCUCCGUCUCGACGCAAUUCAGGAACGAGCAGCGAGGACGAGCAAGAGGAAGGGUCAGAGGACGACCGAGGAAGUACGCUGAUGUCAUUGAUGAUGAUGGUGGUGGAGGUGCAAGUGCUAAACGGGGCAGGGGCAGAUCAGGAGGAGCAGAAACACUGUUGACACCUCAUUUAAUUAACGUCAAAGCUGGAGAGGACAUAGCUGCGAAGAUAGUGGCCUUUACGAAUCAAGGACCACUCGAGUCUAGUAUUCUCUCAGCUUCGGGAGCUGUUUCUAGUGCGGUGCUUCGUCACUCUAACAAUCCUAACAAUCCUAGUGGAGUUGUUAAGUAUGAGGUAGUAACAGUUUCAUGUCCUUGUGUGCGGUACUUUUGCUGGAAUGUUUUUAUCUGA